AUGAGAUUCUAUGGAAUUGUUCAAAUCAAAGUUGGCUACUUGGCUGUAAUUGCAGCAGCAUUUGUACUGACAAUUCUCGUACAAAUGAUGAUAUUUGUAGUGGCGCGAGAACAGGAUAAGAGAAUACAACAAUUGCAUCGUUCUUUGGAACACAAUCACCCACAUAAUGGCGGAGAAGGUAGCGUGGUUCAAUCACAUUCGAGCCAGACUUCGAAUAAAGCUGCCAAGACUAUUGGCUUUCUGCUUGUUGUCUACAUUGCAUCAUGGUUACCUGUCAACAUUUAUCGUCAAGAGUAUAGAUGGAAUGGAGGAGAUCCUAUACUUUAUCAUAAAUGGGUGAAAAUUAUUAAUCUUUUGAUCCAGCUUCAUUCCUGCAUCAAUCCAUAUGUCUUUGUGCUUCGUUCCAAGGAUAUGAAGAGUGCAAUUGCGAAGUUAUUGAGGGCUUUAGGAGUGCGUCAGUGUUUGUGUGGUGAGCGGGAUUCACAGAUCAUUGUUGGCAGUAAUGGAAAUACUUUGACAGCAAGUAGUCAUGCUCGUAGUAGCAACGUGAAUAUCUACGAGAUUUCUGAUCAACGAAAUGGUGACACUGCUGGUUCUUGUGAAGACAUUGAACUAGGACAUAUGAACACUUCAUAUCGAAAUUCUUGUGGAAACAAUGCAAAUGAAAACACUACGGAUAGACCUGACAACGGUCAAAGUGGAAACAUUCAAGGAGUUCACAGUUCAGACAACAAAAAUAUAACCUUGGAAAAUGUUGGAAGGAAAAGGGAUGAACGAAACAUGGUAAACAGCUUGAAGACGGCAUGUAACGUAAACUUCAGUAAAGAAGAAAGAAUGGUAAGCGACGUGGGUGGAAACAUUGAGAAUGAAGAAAACAUGGAAAGUACUGAUAUUCGAGAAAACGGAAAUGGCAUUAGCAUGCUUGAAAGUCAAAGUGUGGACAUUAACACACGAGAUAAUGACAGCAGAGGAGAAGGAAUGGCAAACAGCGAGAAUGAUAAAAACACACAAUACGUGAAGAAAGAUAAAAGCAGCUCAGAUAACAAGAAGCCUGGACGGUCUCCAGACCAAAACUGAACAUAAGCGUAUAUACAUGACGUAAAUCAGUAUAAACAUUUGCUCACAAGAUAUAACUUAAGCUAUUGAAUUGAAAUACAGACUAUAGAAUAUUCACGUGAAGAAUAGUUACUGAAUUUGUAAUCGCGAUUGUCGUGC